AGCAGCUUGGCCAAAACCAGGUGGAUAACACUUUCCUACCACGUAGUAUAUUACUGGGGAAAGAUUCGCCAACUCAGUAAAGCACAUACAGAUGAGUUCGUGACAGCGCCCAGAAUUGAGAUGUGAGUGACAUCGUGUGAUUACCUGCCCGUCGACGAACUUCACCACCACUUCACUCGUGACCGCCAAAAACAAUAUUUAUCAUCAACAAGCCGGGAUAAUUGCACGCAGCUCCUCGUACGCCAUGAGCGAGAUGAUGGUGUGCGGGCCAAGGCGAAACCAAUUGGCUAGCCAGCCCUUGAAGAAACCCCGUGUACCCUCCGUCCGGAGCACGCCCAUGAAGGCGCGGCCCAAGACGUUCCUGCCGCCGCCGAGUUUGGUCUCGUUCAUGAUCUGUGUCUUCAUCACAUCGAGAGGGGAGGACGCCGUUGCAGCAGUGAGGCCGGCGAACAUGCUGCAGAUCAUGUGAACAGUUACGCCUUCCUCGAGCGGAGUGUGGUGCAGCAGAGUCUCCUUCAUGUGGUCGUAGCUGGGUAGUUGCGCAGCGGUCAACACCAUGGCGCGGAAAGUGGUGGGCGCGACCCCGCGGUAGAAACCCUGGAUCAGCCCUUCAUCCUGGUAGAUUUUGCGGCAUGCAAAGAGGAAGCUGUUGUUAUAGCGUGUACCCAUGCGAUCCGCCUGCAUGCGCACCUUCACAAGAUCCAUCGGGUUCACAAGGGCGCUGCCAAUUGCCCCGGACGUUGCGCCUGACAGCAGUUUGAUGUACAACGGGGUGCGUCUUUGCUCGGCGGGGGACGUAUGGAAUAUCUGGUCUUCGUAGAACUCCUUCACCUGGUCGUACAUGCCGAAGCGGAUGCCCGAGUACGAGAACUCUCGGAGCAGCGAGGCUUUCCAGCCUUUGGCCAGGCCGUACCAUCCUUCUUCCUGAACUAUGGUCUUGAGGCCGUGCCCGAAGCCAAGGUACCGAGUCGGAGCAACAGUGCCUGCCGCAGCCGCCGCUGACGACGUGACGGCCGUUGGCUCCAGCGCCUGCAGCUGUAGUCGCACCUUGACGACAUCAAUGGGAUUGGUCGCCGCUGCGGAAAUGGUAUUAGCGAUGCCGCCCAAUAGAAUUUUGAGCCCCACGCUCUGCUGCCUCUGAAUUACCCCCACGGCAUGUAGAUGUGCCAGAUGAGCGUCGCUGUGGUGUUGCGGCGCGACGUUAGACGUGGACAUGCUCGCUGGGUCGACUGUAUGAGGACUUCGAAGCAAAACGGAGACUGAGAGCAGCUCGAAGCGCGGUGGCUUGCCGACGGUCGCUUGGAAGCGUGUCAAGAGACGUCGUUAUUGGCAUUGCCGCAUCUUCUUAUCGACGCCUGUGUUGAGUGUCAUUCAAAUACAGUGAUGUCGUUAGCAGCAGUUGCAGAGAUCACAUCGGCUCUUAAACCGAGGAGAAGAUGGGUACUUCAAGGUGAUAGUUGAAGUUAAACCUCGACUAGCUACGUAUUCGAGUGAAUCGCAGGCUCUGGUUUUACAGCUCCGCAACGAUACAGGUGAUAGCACAAGACGAUCGUGUCCACGUACAACCACUGGCCGGCAGGAACUAUAAAUAGUAGAUAAAUGCAAGCGGAGGCUUCACCGCUCGCAGCUUGGCAUCAGAGUAAUGUUGACUCAUCUCCGACUGCAGCCCGAGGCUUCCAGCGCGGCAGCCCAGCAUUUGAACCCACAUGGCUCUGCAGACGCUGGCCACUUGCAAACACAAGCUGCUGCUACCAAUGCGCAAGAUGAAGGUGCGUCGUCGUGCUGCAUCGGAUGCUUUCGGCUGAUGCCGCCGCCCCCGGAAACAAUGCUUCAAGCACUGCCCGAGGGCUCUGACGACAGCGCUGACUCACCUGAACCCGAGCUACUGUGCGCAUCUUGCAUCCUUCGUUUAGCAGGUAAGAGCAACACCUCACUGGCGGUACAUUCUGGUGGUGGUGGAAGUAGAGUGCUGUCGCCGCUGCCGAAGUUGAGCCUCCUCGUAAAAGCUGAGGCAAAGUGUCAGGAUCAAAUGCAGCUCUUGCGAAGUCAGCAAGAGGUUUUAAAGCAACAAAGGGAGAGUCUAGAGGCGGCCAAACGUGCAAAGGAGGAAGCGCUUGCUGCCGAGCGAGAGCUCGCUCGACAGCGACGGAAGCAUUUCUUGAUGAUCCAAGAGCGACGCAAGCGGGACGAAGAGCUAAAGUUCCAGCAGCUCCAAGGUGACGAGCAAACGAGUCGCUCCGAGCAAGAAGGCAAUGCCGGCAAGACCAAAAAGAAGCCGAAUCCCCCAAAAGCAGCCCACAGACGAAAAUCCGAGCCUACAGCCGAGCCGAGCGAAGAAAACUUGCCCCACCUCGCGACUCCAAUGUCCAAGCACGAUGAAUCUCCUUAUUCACACACCACCACUAGCAACGACAACGUCACCUCAGCGGAAGCUCGUACAUCAAGCCUCUACGAACGACGGCAGCAAAUGAUGGCUUGCUACUCGCAGGAUCUUUCCCCACUCGUCCAUGGCCGCAAACCCAGGCGUUUACCCUUCCCCAAGCCUGUAGCUGCUGUCGUACCGAGCGGAAUGAUUAGGAGGAGACAAGCAUCCGACAACAACGCUCAUGCAUCUGCAGUAGCGAUAAUCCAUCGCAAUAAGAACCAGCAGAAAGGUAAAAGUCCAGCAUCAAAGGUUAUGAAGCUGCGUCCUCUGGAAGAGGAGAAACAGUUUAUCAAAACUAGACCCCAGCAGAGCAAUCAGUUCGAAGACUUUCAUGCACGAGGAAACCAUGAAACACCCAACAAGCUGUCGUUGCAGUUCCCUCGGCGUCCUGCAGAUCACUCGGCCCCAUUAACAGCAGAGAUCAGGCCCGUGUCAUGGGCAAAUGACCUGCUGCCACAGGAUGACUCAUUGGACGAAGUUGGCAGUUUGAUCUUGUCUGCACCACUACACUCGGUGGCAGAAGCUCUCAAUGACGACGGCUCGCAGUUCACCAUGUUCCCGCUGCAGCACAAGCUCCCGAUCCCCACCUUUCCUCCUUCGAAGCCGGAGUCACGGACCGAGGUGGUCACGAAGGUGCCGCGGUGGGAGUACUCGGCCGAGCGGCUCUCAAGUCUGCUGGAGAAAUACAACGUAUCCGUCUCGGCCGUCACGACUGCAACAAGUGCGCCAAAGCUUUGACCAGCUGGUAUGUAAACAGCUGGCGAAGAUUGUGACAAACUUCAACUUGGUAGUCGCACUAUAAGUGCGUAAGAUAAGACUCCCAAGAGCUUCAUCAUCGAUGCAUGUACGCAAUGGAAUUGCUACGUAGCUACCAAGGCCAGUUACUGUAACGAUCCACACUCAACACACAGCUGAAUACACCACCACUUGACA